GGCACGUUUAGUUCCAUUUGAGCAUCGACAAAGAACAGAUCACGUUCGCUCUAUCGCCCUUUUGACCGGACAAUCAACCAAUCAUGGCCCUUGCGCUAUCGCCGUUUUGGACGUUGUUGCUACUGGUUGGAUCUUUGGUUUUGUCCGUUUCCGGAUCAGCCAUUCCAUGUGAGGGACAGAAUGCUGAACCAGCGUCAGCGGCCAGCGGAGAAUGGCAACCACGAACUCCGGAGCAGACUCUGUAUGCUUAUGUGCGAUGCCUCAACGACUCAUCUGCCAGCAUCGAACAGAAAAUAAAUUGGGUCAAAUGGCACCCGGAUACAACCUACGAAAGCCAGUGCUACGUGAAGUGUGUCAGCGAAGAAUUGCGACUGUACGACCCUAAGGAGAAACGAUUCCGUCCGGAGAGAUUUGUUCUACAGGCAGAGUCAUUCUUCCAUGCAGAUCCGGAGCAAUUGCAGGCCCUGAAGAAUAAUGCCGAACCGAUGCUGGCCGGUGUCUUAGCGGACAAUUCAUGCGAAUCUGUGUUCAACAAGUACGCAACCUUCUACGCUACCCAUCACAGCACAAUUCUGCGCAUGUUCCACGGCGACUACCGAGAUAUUGGCAAUACCUACGCCAAACUCGGCAAUGGGGUCAAACAGAUCGGUCAAAUGUUUGUGGACUUCUGCGAGAAGCGAACGGAUUUCAAAUGGAACGAGGACAACAGCUGUCCACCGGAAGCGUUUCUUGAUUGCGUUUUCAGAGGCUUCCGCUGGAUCACCGAGGAAGGCGAAGUGAAUGUCAAUGAAAUUCGUCGUGACUAUGAGGCGGCUGGUAAGGGAGCUGCUGAUAUGGCCGAUUAUUGUGGAUCGGUGAAAGCUGGCGCAAGACAACUUUACAACUGUCUGAGAGACAAAGGAGCUGACAGUUUAGUAGCGGUGAUACGGGACAGGAACCAAAAGACCGCAUUCUAUUUUGAUCUUUCGUCUAAGGAGGAACCGUGGAAGUCGGCGGUCGAUUUCGCGAAUAAUCUGUAAUCUGCACUAGUGGCUAAAAUAUGCUACCAAAUGGUGUGGUUAACUAAGUAUUUAAGAUUUAGUUUUACUUUAUAAAAUGUUGAGAUUACAACUGACUGGAAAUAGUAUCACUCAAAGGAAAUGUUAAUCUUCAUAGUGAGUUGUUCUAACAACUUAUGAAGAAGUUCAUUGGCAUCAACUUUUUACACCACAAAAAAUAGCAUUAAACACCUACCAUGGCAUAAAACGAGUCUUUCCUACUGUGUACUCUUAUUAAUCAGCACCUGAACUGAAUUCAUGUUUUUUUUUUUACAUGAAUUUAAACAAUAAGUGAACAGUUUAAGAAAUCAGUACUUCAAUUUUCCAUUUCAUUGAAUGUAAUUUGUCAGCCCUUUGUUGUUUUCAUAAAUUUAAAUGUUUUCUGUAACAAAUAAUAUAAAUCUAAUAAUAAAUUACAGAAUGUUUGUUAUUGAAUACAGACAAUCAAUAUUACGAAUUACAAAAUAUAGUUCGUUUGUGCAGGGUAUUUUUGAACACCUGAUCAAGAGCUUGUUUUAUUUCUGGAGCAUAUAAUGCAUGUUUUUCGCUUAUGAACCUUGUUGAGUGCUGAACGUCCUUGAAAUGUUUUAAUGUUAAAAAAAAGAUCAGGGGUUCGUUCAUUAUAUAGGUUGGUUAACGCAUUGAAGUCCAAGGAGUCUCACAAUUGGAAUUAAACUCCGUUUUUGUUAUUCAUAGUUGUUUCCAAUAAAUUAAACUUUAUUUCACAAAAAAAUAAAUCAUGUCUAUGAUGGAGAUCCAAAUAAAAUCUUGAAAGUGUGUCGUCUAA